UAUGCGACGUUCUUAUUCUGCAGGUGAGCGCCAUGGCUUGUGAAAACACUCUGAAGUGUUUUUUUUGUAUUUGACCAAAUACUCUGUUAAAACAUACUUGUUGUUCUUGGACCUCCUGAAUCCUUAUCAACUCAACGAAACCGGUAUUUUCUGCUAAAUGUUUGCUUAGGUAAUGUUAUAUCUUGACCACCUAGUUAGCUAAGUUUUAACUUGUUUUUUUAAGAUAUUGUUGUGCUUUAUUUGACUGGUGGUGAAAGACAGGAUCGUUAUUGCUGAACAAGUAGUGGGCUUGACUCGAACCCAGGAUUUUUUUUAAGGGACUGCUGGCGAUAGUGUGUACAGUAAACUUGGGAGUAGUAUUUAGCUAACAUUAUUAUUUUGAUUAUGAAGGAUAUCUAAUGUCCAUUGUUGGUGUAGAGUUGUUGGAAUUGGGUGUCCUCAUAUUUUAUCAACACAUUUUCGGUCAACGAUGGGCUUCUUCCUUAUGUCAAGACCAAUAUUAUUUUUGAAAUACUGUAAUCCACAAUUUAACCCUGGCACUGCUAGCUUUACUCUUGUAAAUAAUGUGAUUGGCAAGCUAUCAGGUCUUGCCAGACUGUUAUGUACUAAAGGUGUGAGCAGACAUGCACUCAAUGACAUAAGACAGAGGGAUUUCAAUAUCAGAGAGAGGCCCAGUUUUCCCAAUUCAGUGUUUGCUGCUGGGACUGCUAAGAGAACUGCUGAAUACCAAAAAAGAAGGGCUGAGGCAGCCCUGCAGGAGGAGGAACCGGACAUCCCCAGAAAAAAGAAAAGUUUGGAACCCCCAGACCACCCUCUUACUGCCUCAGAAUGGAAGUGCCUGAAAAUGACCUCAUCGAACCCUGAUCGCUUUGACAUUCGCAUGAUGACAUCAAUGGUGGCAAAUGGAACAGACAUCAAUGUGGCCAAGUCUCUCCUGGCUUACAUUGCAAUGGAUACUGGGACGUUGUCUUACGAGCUGCUUCUGCGGUACCUCACACUGUGUGUUGGCGGCGGCCACCACUUGGAGGUGUUUGACAUGUACAACAUCAUGAAGAACCAGUUCAAGACGUUAGACACUGGGGCCUGUAGCCUGUUUAUAAAGGGCUUCAGCAGGACAGAACGCUGGAAGGAGGGGCUGAACAUCCUGGAGAACAUCAAGAGGGCCAUCAUGCCGUCACCACGUAAUUACGGCGAUCUUAUCGCUGGGGCGGUGCUGCAUCGUGACAGUGCCACAGCUUGGGCCCUGUAUGCUGAGCUGAUGGAGAAAGGCCUCACUCCUAAUCAGGAGAUAUGGCAGACCUUGUUCCAGUGUGGUCUCUCUCUGCAGGGCCACGAGGACCAGCUGAAGUCCAUCCUGCUUCAUUUGCGGGACAACCAGAUCUAUCCCAAGGAGACUCUUGCCACAGCUGUCAAGGCCUGGUUUGAGAGUCUUCCCGACCAGAAGUGGAGUGGAAACUGGUCCACUUCAGAUCCCAGGGGAGUAUGUCAGAGUUGCCAUGCAAAACUGGAGUCUAUCCAGCUGAGUCAGGAGGAGUAUGCCCAGCUAAAGGGCAGUGUGAUGAGGGAAGUAAUCCAAGGCAGAGAUGUUUUCAAAAAGACCACUCCAGAGGAGCUGGAGAGCUUUAAGAAUUUUGUUAAGCGGAAGCCUAGCUUUGACGUGGUCAUAGAUGGACUCAACGUGGCCAACAUUGGUAUUAAAGGGAAACAGUCUCAGACGCUCCUGGCGGUGGUGUCGGAGCUUGAACGCCAGGGCUUGGUCAUUCUGGUACUGGGGAGGAAGCAUAUGCAGCGUACCUCACGUAGUUGGGACAGACAUGACAUGAUCCUGAUCCAGCAGAAAGCCCACUGCUUCUUCACGGAAAACAUUUCUGAGGAUGAUCCUUUCCUGCUCUAUGCCACACUGCACUCUGGGAACCACUGUAACUUUGUCAGUCGGGACUUGAUGAGGGACCACAAGGCCUGCCUGACUGAGUGUGCCACUCGACGUCUUUUCUUCAAGUGGCAGAGAGGCCACCAGCUAGUGCUGAACAGCUACAUCCCGGGAAAUAGAGUAAGAUUCCAGAGGAUUUUAAGUUAUGACACCAUCGUCCAGACAAAUGGAGGCUCCUGGCACAUCCCAUAUGAUGCGAUUGGGGAAGAGAGAUGUACUUAUGAAGUUCCCCAAAAGUGGCUGUGCAUCACCAGGACAAAUUAAGGACCCUGCUUAAAACAUUGAUUUUCAAAAAUCUGUAUAUACUUUGUUCAUUAAUAAAACAGUGAUAUAAAAAAGUAACUGGUUUGCAACGAUGUUUAGGUAGGUGGCACGUGUCAAAUUGACAUCCAUGUGAAUGCCCGGACCCAGGGUUUCCCAGCAGAACA